CAUCCCUUGUCAGUUCUCAUCGUCGAGCGUGUUUUCUACAAUCUACACACAUGUGCAAAACCGAGACAGAUGAAGUUUUGACCUUAACUAAAGUCUCCCUAUCCAACGUCUCAGAUCAUCCAAAAUAUCUCCUUUGACGCAUCUCAUCACACGUGUACUUAAAAGACGAAUCGCCUCCCCUGCAAAAUGCUAACUCCCGCGCCACCUCCUUGAUAAAACCAUUUUACCUCCUUUGCCUUAUCUCCUCGUGCUAUUCCGCCACUUCCAGUCUCUAAAAUUAGCCCGACCUCAUUCCGUCCUUUCCCCGCCAUGUAUGAAACUAGCUCCCUCGCCGACUCUACGCCGGAUCAUGUCGCCGGAACAUGGUACUCGGUGCCGGACCUCCGCCUUCGCGACCACCGAUUCACUGUCCCUCUCGAUUAUUCCAUCGAUCGCAAUGCUUCUCCUAAAAUCUCCGUUUUCGCUCGCGAAGUCGUUUCCGUUGGGAAAGAAGAACAACUGCUGCCAUACCUAUUAUAUCUACAAGGGGGGCCGGGUUUCGAGUGCCCAAGGCCGACUGAGGCGAGUGGGUGGAUACAUAAAACAUGUGAAGAAUUCCGUGUUAUUUUGAUGGACCAGCGAGGAACAGGGUUAUCAACUCCUUUGACACCAUCAUCCAUGUCACAAUUGGGUUCUGCGGAGGAGAUUGCUGAAUAUUUGAAAUACUUUAGAGCUGACAAUAUAGUGAAUGAUGCUGAGUUUAUCCGAGUUCGUCUUGUUCCUGAAGCUGGACCGUGGACAGUUUUGGGUCAGAGCUAUGGUGGCUUUUGUUCAGUAACCUAUUUGAGCUUUGCACCACAAGGGCUAAAACAGGUCCUUCUAACUGGAGGAAUCCCUCCUGUAGGAAAUGGAUCCACUGCAGAUGCUGUCUAUAGAGCAUGCUAUCCUCAGGUUAUUCACCAGAAUGAAAAGUACUACAAGAGGUUUCCUCAGGAUGUUGAAAUUGUUCGUGAAGUUGUGAAACAUUUGGCAGAAUCUGAAGGAGGCGGGGUGCCUCUUCCAUCAGGAGGAUUCUUAACCCCAAGAGGACUGCAAAUUCUUGGUCUCUCUGGUUUAGGAUCCAGUUCUGGUUUUGAGCGUUUGCACUACAUGUUUGAAAGGGCAUGGGAUCCUGUAAUAGUUCCAGGAUCUCGCAAGCAAAUCAGCUAUUACUUCUUGAAAGCCUUUGAGAAUUGGCUAGAUUUUGAUACAAACCCACUCUACGCUCUCCUGCAUGAGUCCAUAUAUUGUCAGGGUGAUUCAUCGCUGUGGUCUGCUCACAGGAUACGGAUUGAGGAUGAUGGUAUAUUUGAUGCAAUCAGGGCUGUCAAAGAAGGUCGCCCUGUAUUUUUCACAGGAGAGAUGGUGUUCCCAUGGAUGUUCGAAGAAUUUCAUGCCUUGAGCAAAUUUAAAGAUGCUGCUCAUUUAUUGGCUGAGAAGAAAGAUUGGCCUCCUCUAUAUGACAUUGCUGUGCUGAAUAAUAACAAGGUACCUGUUGCAGCUGCUGUUUAUUAUGAAGAUAUGUAUGUUAAUUUCAAGUUGGCAAUGGAGACAGCUUCUCAGGUAGCUGGAAUUAGGCUAUGGAUAACCAACGAAUACAUGCAUUCUGGUCUGCGAGAUGGAGGGGGGCAGGUUCUUGAUCAUUUGUUGGGGAUGUUAAAUGGAAGAAAGCCGUUGUUCUGAUAAACUUUGUAAUUUGUACUCAAAUUGUUUCUCUUUGAGCUUACAGUUUAGAAUUACUUAUAAUGUGCUUUCAUUUGAUGGCUUCAAAGCAGCUUUUCCUGGAAAAUAUUUAUAGAGCCUCAACAAGGCUUCUAUUUUAUCAUGUGAAUUUUAUUUACAGUGGAGGAGGAAUUUGCCACUUUCAAUUUAUAAUAGAGAUGAGUCAAAUCUUCUUUUUUGUUACUAA